GAUGCCCCUCGCCGUGGCGCCCGGCCUCCUCCUGCUGCUGCUGCUGGCGAGCGGGGCCCGGGGUGCCCUGGAGGUCUCUGUCCCCGUCUCCCCGGUGCGGGCCCAGCCGGGCUCCGACCUGCUCCUGGGCUGUCACUUCUCCGUGGGGGGCACCGUGGACAUGGAGGCGCUGGUGGUGCAGUGGAACCUGGGGGGCCGCCUGGUGGCCGAGUUCGAUAGCACCCUGUCGUACCACAGGGCCGGGGCCAGCCUGUCCCUGGAGGGACUGCGGGUCGGCAACGCCUCCCUGCUCCUCCCGCGGGUCGGGGGCGCCGAUGCCGGGCUCUACACCUGCAUGGUCAUCCACUCCCCGAGCCGGGAGAGUCGGCAGGUGGAGCUGCGCCUGGAAG